AUGUCGCAUUUAAUAAACAAUAAAGGACUGUUAUGUGCAGCAGGAUGCAAAGACAUUAUAACGGACAUGAAAGAUGUGUUACAGUGUACAUCCGAGACGUGCCAGAAAAUAUUUCACAGGCUAUGUAUCACUUCAAAGAAUCUGUCAACAACAGAAAAAACAAGCUGGACCUGCCCUGGUUGUAAAGCGGCAUCGAAGAAAGGCGGUGAUAACUCCGCUACCCCAGUUCGUAACCAACUUGUUGAUAACGUUACGGUGCGAAAAAAGACCAUACAACAGCCUCAAAAAUCCAUAGAACCCCCGGGAGCACAGUCCCCUGCGACUUUGGAGACCAAAAUUCAAUCGUGUUCUGUGACGGGCGAAAGUGAAAGCAGUCUUGUUCGUGAAUUGCAGCUGUUUCGACUAGAACUAGCGGGGAUGCGCCAGGAACUUAGUUCAAUGAACAUUAACUUAGAAAAACUCUCAAACACAGUCAGUGGAUUGGACGAUCGACUAACCAGCCUCGAACAGAGGGUACAGGUAUUGGAAGAUCAGCCCGCGCAACCAGAUGAUGUGCACAACGAUAUCAAGGGUUUGAUGGACACCGUAGACCGCCUCAAGCUAGAACUCAACGAUCGGGACCAGGAGCUUCUUGCUACUGAAGUGGAGAUUACGGGUAUUGUGGAAACAAGUAACGAAAGUCCGGUACAUCUAGCAGUUCUGGUGGCGCAGAAAUUGGGUGUGGAAAUGGAGUCGAAAGAUGUGGUUAGUGCGGAGCGCGUGGGGAUGAAACGUGGCCCGAACGACGCCGACAGCAGUGAGGGCAGCGACGGCUCAGCCGGAAGGCCGCGAGCGCUGGUGGUGCGGCUGGCGCGUCGGUUCCACCGGGACAACCUUUUGCGCGCGGCCCGCCGUGCCCGUGGCGCGGACACCUCUGGCUUCGACUUGCCCGGGCCACCCCGUAGAUUCUAUGUGAAUGAGCGAUUGACGCGCACCAACCGGCAGCUUUUCUACAAAGCGCGCCACGAGGGCUCGCGCCUUAACUGGAGAUACAUCUGGACGCGAGACGGUCGAAUAUACGCCAGGCGCCAGCCUAACACUCAAUCUCACAGAGUGCGCUCGGAAGAUGACCUGAUAAAAAUUUUUGGUGUUCAGUCUGUUUGCUUGUAA